AUGUCGACCUUUGAAGAGCAAGCAACGAAGGCUGUAGAGAACAGCGAGAUACCGGGUAUCGUGGCUAUUGCUAAAGAUAAAGAUGGGAAUCUCAACUACUCAAAGACAUUCUCCCGAAAUGGCGGCACGGUUUAUAAAGAAGACAGCGUGCUCGCCAUAGCAUCGAUGACGAAACUGAUGACUUCAAUCGCCGCUGUACAGCUCGUGGAGAGAGGACUCAUUACAUUAGACGAAGACGUAACACCUCUACUCCCCUCUCUCGCCAAGCUAGAGAUCCUAACCGGAUUCGCGGACGACGGCACGGCUAUCACGCACAAGCGCACGAAGCCCAUCACACUACGCACACUACUCACGCACAGCUCCGGCGUGGCCUACGGGUGGGCCGACCCGUUAUUACUGAAAUACAUAGAAUGGAAGAAACCAGACACGAACGCCGACACGAUAGACGAAGCCUUCGACCAGCCUCUCGUGUUCGAGCCCGGCGAGGGGUUCACGUACAGCAGCAGCCUCGACCGGACGGGACAGCUCAUCGAGAAGCUCACGGGCCUGGGCCUCGAGGAGUACAUGAAGAAGAAUAUCUGGGACCCGCUCGGGAUGACUAGCACGACGUUCUCGCCGCGCGAACACCCCGACAUCCAGGCCCGAAAGGUCCCCAUGGGCUUCCGCGACGACAAGACCGGCGCCGCGGUGGAGACGGGCGAGCCGGGGUGGUUCGAGAAGGGAGCUACGUGUACACAGGCUUUUGGCGGACAUGGAGCUUACAGCACUAUGGCGGAUUACAUAAAGGUGCUGCACUCGCUGCUCGUGGAUGACGAGAAGCUGUUGAAGAAGGAGACCGCGGCGCUGUUUUUCCAGCCGCAGUUGACGCCGGCUAGUAAGGCGGCUCUGCUGAAAUUAUCGAGGAGCGGUACCGACUGGACGAUUGGCACGUUCCCCGAGACUGAUGAGUAUGAUUGGGGGUUGGGCGGCAUCUUGAUCGAUGGUGAUAAGCAUGAGUUUCGGAGGAGGAAUACUUUGAUUUGGAGCGGUGCUGCGAAUACUUAUUGGUUCAUUGACCGUGAUGCCGGCGUUUGCGGUGUGUUCGGUAUUCAGAUUUUGCCGACGUUUGAUGCCAAGGCUAAGGACUUGAUCACAGCUUUCGAGGAGGAUGUCUACCGGAGAGCAGGUAAACUGUGA